GCGCCGCCCUGCCCGACUCGACGCCCUAAGCAGCUGGUCUGCCCUGUCGUCACCGCCGACGGAUGGCGUCCACCGAGCGCUCGACGCGCACUGCCCCUCCCGCCGCCGGCGCCGGCUUCCCUCCGUUCGUGUGCGCCGACACGGGCCGCCUGCGCAUCCCGACGACGCUCCCGCCCGACCCACAGUUCCGUCCAGUGCGGCUCGACGACCUCGAGCUCGACGACGAGCUGAAGCAAGCGGGCGCGAGCGCCGAAGCCGUCCUCGCCUCGCUCCAGCGCUCCGCCCACCAGCUCCUCGAGGCCGAGAACGCGACGACCGAGCUUGACUUGGCCCCGCCGUCGUCGAGCGCGCCGUCGCCGCCGUUCGUGCGGUGCCGCCCUCCUCGCCUCGCGCCGUCGCCCUCGUCGUCGUCGUCGCACGCGCCGCUGCUCCCGACGCACAUGCUCGAGCUGCGCUUCUCCGACACGGGCGAGCGGUACCGCACGCCCGUGCACGGCUGCGUGUGGGCGCUCCAGUGCCCGCCGCUGCACGGCCUCGCGCGAUCCGGCGCCCCCCUCGCGGACGCCGACACGCUCCUCCUCCCGCUGUCUGCCGUCGACGUGCCGCACCGCGCGGCGUGGCCCAUCCUGCACCGGUACUUGUACGACGGUAGCGUCGCGCAGCUGCUCAGCGGCCUUCUCGGCGAGCCGCAGCACGGCGGCGGCGGCGGCGCGAGAGGGCGACUCGUCGAGGAGGGGGAAAGUGUCGGCGGCGAGGGCUUGGCGGUGGGCAGGCGCACAGCCGGCGGCGACGAGGAGCAAGAGGCGCUCGACUCGUUGCUGGUGCGGCUGAUGCGCGUGCGCGAGGUGUGGCUCGACGCGGCGGCGCUCGAGAUGGCCGACCGGAAGCUGUGGGCGACGCUGCGGCGGGCGUGGACCGUGCUCGUGAGCGACCUGGGCGAGGUGGCGGCGCACAUUCCGGGGAGCAUGGUGCCGCCGCAUCUCGACAGGUCGGGCGGGUGAAAGGUCGAGGGGGGAACGAGGGAGGGACGGGGGAGGUGCGCCGAGGGCCCUGCUGUUAUGGCCACCGCGUCGCGCACCCGUCGAUG